AGCUGGAGACCAUCGCGCUGUGCAGUCACAGUGGAAGCAGACGCAGCGCUUGUUGGUUCGUUACUAGUGAAAUCUUAGGAAAAAAUCCAGAUCGUACGAGGAAGAGGAAGAACUGCGCUGUACCAUUAUGAAGCUCUCAAUUCUUGUUGCUGUCUUUUUAUCUGUAUUGGGAGUUAUCACACCUGUUCCAGUUGGGAAGGAGGGAAGAAGAGAGGACUUGGUGACCCGAUGUAUCGUCGAAGUCUUUUCCAAUGCACUUUCCAAACCAAACGCUCCUCUUGUUGAUCCAGCAUGCAAAGAAAUUCUAAAGACAAGUGCAAAACAUGAGAUGACGGAAAAGAAGAGUAAUGAAGAGCUUGUGAAUUUUGGGGAUUUUGGCAACCAUAAACAAGAACCUGAAGAGGAGUUAAAGAGAUAUCUGGAGGAGCCUAACCUAAAGGAGAAAGAGUUGGAGGAAAAAAGAAGCUUUCAAGAUGACGAGGAUCAAAGACAUGUCAAGGAGAGCGAGGAGAAACGACACCACACAGCAGACAAAAGAAGUGAGGAGACCAGCAGUCAAGAAGAAAAAAUGCACUAUGAUGCGGAAGACAAAAGGCAUUAUUCAGACAGUGAAGAAGAUGAAAUCAGAAAACGUAACCACCAUACAGAAGUUGAAGAAAAGAGACAUACAAGUGAGGAGUAUCCUCUGGAUCUGAGUGAGGAGUUGGAUAAAAUAUCUCAUCAUGGUCAUAAUAAGAGAAGUGGGGAGGAAUCUAUUGAAGAGCAGGCUCAUGGGGAGCAUGAUCAGGAGAUGAGAUCAGAAGAAGAGGAGAGCGAUGCAAGAGAAAAACGCAGAUACAGAAGUCACAGACACUAUCAUAGAAAACACAAAAGGAACUAUUCCUCUGAAGAAAAGAGAAGCAAAGAGUCAGACGAGUCUAACAAGUCUAAAGAGGAAGACGACAAACGACGCCACAACGAGAUUAGAAAUUUUCCAGAGGGAAGCUAUGAAGAGUGGUCAGAUAAGAGACAUCAUUCUGAAGAAAAGAGACACCACACUGCUGAGAAAAGACACCAACCUGAAGAAAGUGAUGAAGAUGAUGAAGAGCAGAAACAUCACCAAAAGGAAAAUAGACAUUAUUUUGAAGAAAGUGAAGAAGAGAAAAGGCAGCACAGUUUUGAAAAAAGACACCAUUCCAAGGAAAGUGAGGAAGAAGAAAAACACCACCACAGUGAAGACAAGAGACGCCAUUCUGAAGAAAAUGAAGAGGAAGAGGCAAAAAGACACCAUGAAGAAAAGAGACAGGUCUCUGAAGUAAGAGAAGAGGAAAAAAGACACAAUUCUGAGGAAAGUGAAGAGGAGGAGGAAAAGAGACACCAUGAAGAAAAGAGACACAAUUCAAAGGAAAGUGAGGAUGAUGAAGGGCACCAUGGCUUUGAGGAAAGACACAAUUCCAAGGAAAGCAAAGAGGAGGAGGAAAAACUACACCAUGAGGAAAAGAGACACCAUGAGGAAAAGAGACACCAUGAGGAAAAGAGACACAAUUCAGAAGAAGGUGAAGAGGAUGAAGGGCGCCAUGACUUUGAGAAAAGACACAAUUCCAAGGAAAGCGAACAGGAGGAAAAACGGCACCAUGAGGAAAAGAGACACCACAAAGAAAAGAGACACCAUGAGGAAAAGAGACACAAUUCAGAGGAAAGUGAGGAGGAUGAAGGGCACCAUGGCUUUGAGGAAAGACAGAAUUCCAAGGAAAGCAAAGAGGAGGAAAAACGACACCAUGAGGAAGAGAGACACCACAAAGAAAAGAGACACAAUUCAGAGGAAAGUGAGGAUGAUGAAGGGCACUAUGGCUUUGAGGAAAGACACAAUUCCAAGGAAAGCAAAGAGGAGGAGGAAAAACUACACCAUGAGGAAACGAGACACCAUGAGGAAAAGAGACACCAUGAGGAAAAGAGACACAAUUCAGAGGAAGGUGAAGAGGAUGAAGGGCACCAUGACUUUGAGAAAAGACACAAUUCCAAGGAAAGUGAAAAGGAGGAAAAACGACACCGUGAGGAAAAGAGACACCACAAAGAAAAGAGACAUGAUUCAGAGGAAAGUGAGGAGGAUGAAGGGCACCAUGACUUUGAGAAAAGGCACCCUUCCAAGGAAAGUGAAGAGGAGGAGGAAAAACGACACCAUGAGGAAAAGAGACACAAUUCAGAGGAAAGUGAGGAGGAUGAAGGGCACCAUGACUUUGAGAAAAGGCACCCUUCCAAGGAAAGUGAAGAGGAGGAGGAAAAACGACACCAUGAGGAAAAGAGACACAAUUCAGAGGAAAGUGAGGAGGAUGAAGGGCACCAUGACUUUGAGAAAAGACACAAUUCCAAGGAAAGCGAACAGGAGGAAAAACGGCACCAUGAGGAAAAGAGACACCACAAAGAAAAGAGACACAAUUCAGAGGAAAGUGAGGAGGAUGAAGGGCACCAUGACUUUGAGAAAAGACACAAUUCCAAGGAAAGCGAAGAGGAGGAAAAACAACAUCAUGAGGAAAAGAGAAACAAUUCAGAGGAAAGUGAGGAGGAUGAAGGGCACCAUAGCUUUGAGAAAAGACACCCUUCCAAGGAAAGUGAUGAGGAGGAGGAAAAACGACACCAUGAGGAAAAGAGAAACAAUUCAGAGGAAAGUGAGGAGGAUGAAGGGCACCAUGACUUUGAGAAAAGGCACAAUUCUAAGGAAAGUGAGGAGGAGGAAAGACGACACCAUGAGGAAAAGAGACACCACAAAGUAAAGAGACACAAUCCAGAGGAAAGUGAGGAGGAAGAAGGGCACCAUGAAGAAAAACAACACCAUUCAGUUGAAAGCCGUCACCAUGAACUAAAGAGAAGCCACUCUGAGGAAAGUGAAGAGGAGGAAGAAAAGCGCCACUACAGUGAAGACAAGCACCAGCACUCUGAAGAAAGUGAAGAAGAGACACAGAAACAUCACAGUCAAGAGAAGAGACAUCAUUCUGAAGAAAGUGAAGAGACAGAGAAACAACAUCACAGUCAAGAGAAGAGACGUCAUUCUGAAGAAAGUGAGGUAGUGAAAGAAAGCCCAGAAGGAUACAGGAUUCGUGAAGAUAAAAGGCAAUACCUUGGAGAAGAUAGUGAUGAGGAGCUAAAAAAGAGACACCAUCCUUAUGAGAAGGCACAUUAUAGUGAGGUAGAAGAAAAUAAGCACCAUGGCGAAGAUAAGAGAUUUCAAAGUCAGGAAGGGGAGGAAGUGCUAAGACACAUUCAGGAAAAGAAACAUAUGGGAGAAGAUGAGGACAAAAGGUUAGCUGGUAAUUCCAGUCCCUACCACAAGGAGGUAUGGUGGGAGAAACAUAAUGACAAAAGAGAAAAUCUAGAAAAUGAAGAGGAAAGACACCAGGAAGAAAAACGUCAUUACCCAGAGGCUGUAGAAGACGACUGGUGGGACAAGAGGAGCGACGGUAUGGAAUAUGGACACCACGGAUAUGAGGAGAAACGGAACAACCUUCUGACCCAUCCCUUUCAAGAUAAAAGGCCAUUCUCUGGUAAUAGAAUAGAUGAACUAGCAAAGCUUUUCAAUUACAAGAAGGCAGUUGACUUUCUUUCUGAGGAGAAGAGAAGUCAUCAUGAGUUUCAGGAAGAAAAGAAAAACCCUCAUCAGAGGCCAUUCACGCAAGAGGAGGAGAAAGAACUUCAGAACCUGGCAUCCAUGGACCUACAGCUGCAGAAAAUAGCAGAGAAGCUUCAUGAAAACCGUAGAGGGUGAAAAGAGAUGAAUGCUACUGUGCACUCCAAAGCUAUUCGGAAAAUGAAUGAGUGUAGAAGAUAAAAUAGUAAACCUGCGUGGUUGUUAUAUACACAACAAAACAGAAAAUAACUACUGUCUACAACAUGUAGUGCUUCAUGCACACUGGAUAUAUUUGUAGUGUGCAGUUUUAAUGUUAUUAACUGGCAUGAGAAUUAUUUAGAAAAUAUAGACACGUUUUCAGCCUGUGCACUAACUACCAAUAACUAUCGUGAAGUGAUUGUUUCUGUUCUUGAGAUAUCUGUUUCAGAGUUUGCAAACAAUAAAAUCCAACAUUCUGGGACCAAACUUUUUUUUUUUUUGGGAAAAGUUUUUUUAUUAAUCAUGACACAGACCCUAAAAAGAGUAUUAUAUACAAAUACACAUACAUACAGUACUUAGUAAAUACCCUGGUAUCUCUGAAUAGAUAAUUGUCUCCUCUAAAAAAAACAUACAAAAUAUUUUAAUUAUUAUUAUUAUUAUUAUUAUUAUUAUUAUUAUUUAUUUCUUAGCAGACGCCCUUAUCCAGGGCGACUUACAAUUGUUACAAGAUAUCACAUUAUUUUUUACAUACAAUUACCCAUUUAUACAGUUGGGUUUUUACUGGAGCAAUCUAGGUAAAGUACCUUGCUCAAGGGUACAGCAGCAGUGUCCCCACUGGGAAUUGAACCCACGACCCUCCGGUCAAGAGUCCAGAGCCCUAACCACUACUCCACACUGCUGACCCAUGAGCAAGACAUGUCACAGGUAGAAUGGUACUCCAAACUAUUCGUUUUCUAGGAAAGCAGUACAACUGGGGAUGGGGAGUUUGUUGCGGGAUAACUUCACUCAGACUUGUUCACUAAAUACCUUGGUAUUUAAUUGACUCCUCUUUAAAAAAAAAGAUGAUUAUCUAUUCAGAGAUACCAGGGUAUUUAGUAAGGGGUCACAGUAAGGAAACAUGGGCAAUACAAUCCCCACCACUAGUCUUGCAGUACCUCGUUUGUUGUUUCCAAACUUUUGAACCCUACCAAUAUAUAUGUGUGUGUGUGUGUGUCCUACUUUUCAGCUUUAGUACCAUUUUGAACCUUCACAGAUUAUUGUGGAGUUGAAGUUUAUAUCGCUGAUUUGGGUUUGCAGCCACUCAAGUCCCUCAUUUUUGUGUGUUGUUACAGGAAUUAUAAAAAUGCUUUCCUUUCUCAUCCCCUCUGGUCUAUGAAUGCAGACCUUUUAAAAGCAUUUCCCUAGAAAAAGCAAUGAAGAAAUAAUGCAGUAAUAAAGCAGUUAGCUAACCAGUAAUGCCAGGGUGCAGCAAACAAAAAGGGUCACCUUUCUUUACAAAAUAGUGAUACAUACUCUGUCUAAUAUUGUGAUAUCACUAGUCACCAGUGGCAGAUAAUAUCUCUUCAACUGACUUUAAAUACAAACUAAGCUGUCUAGCAAAGUAUAAUUAAUGGUAAGUUCUGUAAAACAAUCGUUCUCAUUUGUCUUCACUUGGCCACUGCAGGGAUCAUGGGAGGUGGAAGAAUAGUGCACUUAGUCUGCAUUUUUAAUGCUGUAAUAAGCCACUCCACUGAAAACUCAUGACAGGCAUUUCUUCUUACAAUUAAAACUGCAGUUCCAAGGGAUUUGUUGAUACUUCAUAUGAAUGAAGUAUAACCUAAAGUCCAUGCAAUAUAAAAUGAUAUACACCACUAUAGCUGGACACAUUCAAUAAGCAUUCAUAAAUAAAGACUGACAUAGUUCCCCUGUCAAGUUUAUGUCUUUGCUCCAGCUCUAUUGUAAAGGUGCUAAAUCAGUUAAUUAUUUAAUUUUACCAAUAAAAAUAAAUGUACUUCUGCACCCGUGAAUUAAUUUUCAGAAUUAUGAGCACAGCUGAGCUGAAGACAGACAUGCAAUAGCCACAUUGUUUUAAUGAAUUAGAGUUUGGUAUUUAAGCUUUGCUGGGAACAUUUCGUUUUUUUACACAAUUACGAACAGAAUUAUUAACUGUACCUGAAGCAUGUUGCUAUAAAGGAUGCACAAGGUCUAUUUAAUUGUGUUAAUUAUGUAUCUGGAUCAUGCUGUGGAAUAAAUUUGUUCCUGAUUACAA